AUGGCUAAGCGAUCAGCAAGAGGAAGGCAACAGCUCCGUUCUGCAAAAUCUACCAAAACAAGCGAGGGAAGUCGCAAAAACGAUGAUAUUGACUGGAAUAUUUCGAGUGGAGACGAGAGCGAAGAGGAAGAUCUGGUUUUGAACUCGGUAUCAGACCAUUCCGAGAAGGAGGAGGAAGAGGAAGUGAAGGAAACUAUCGAGGAGAAGAAACUCCGUUUGGCAAAGGAAUAUCUCAACAAAGUGCGUCUAGAGGAGGAGGAAGCUUCUGGAAGCGAUGUAACAGACGAUGAAGGAGUGGAAGAGCGAAUUGAGAAGCGUCUCCAACGAGAAGCCGAGGAAGCGCGAGGCCUCAUCUUUAAAGAAGUAGCAAACCAACUAAUCGACGCCGAUCUGCCGGAAGGUCGUUUCUGCAAAGGCCAUCUCAUGCCGGUCACCUGCACCGACAUCUCCGGCGACGAAAAGUACAUCGUAAGCGGCGGCAAGGACUGCAAGGCGUGCCUCUGGGACGUGGAAACGGGGAAAGUGACCACAAUCUUCGAGGGCAAACGCGAGCGCAAAGACAGCCCCAAACGCCGCCAAUUCAACUGCCACCGCGGCGAAAUCCUCGCCGUGCAGAUCAGCUACGACGGCCACUACGUGGUCACCGCGGGGAGAGAGGGGCUGAUCCGCAUCUGGGACAGCCGCGUCGGGACGUCGGUGGGCGCCGAGCCGGCCAGCAGCGCGGCGGCCGCGGCCCGCUCGAUCGUGCACUGCACGGACUGCAAGGAGGUGCUGCGCGGACACCGCGGGCUGGUGAGCUCGCUGCUGCUGCAGCGCGAUAACGUGCUGUACUCCGGCGGACUGGACAACACGCUCAAGCUCUGGAACAUCGUCGAUACCACCUACAUCGACACGCUGUACGGACACGAGACCCUCAUCACCGGCAUCAGUGGCAUGCGAAACGCCCCCUCAUCGCGGGGAAACACGCGGAUUUUGAGCUGCUCGACGGACAAUUCCGUGCGGCUGUGGAAGAUCGAGGCGUCCACGCAGAUGGUUUUCCGCGGGAGACGCGUCGAUCAGAGCAUGGAGUGCUGCGCGAUGAUUGGGCCGCAGAACUUUGCCGCGGGAGAUCUCAACGGAUCGCUGAAUCUCUUCUCCAUUGCCAAAAAAAAGCCCGUUUUUUCGGUUCAUCAGGCGCACGGGAUUGAUUCGGUGCGUCCAAUCAGCGGAGAGAACGCGGCGGGGCGUUGGAUCGUGAGCUGCGCGGCGCUGGGAGGAACGAAUCUGCUGGCGAGCGGAAGCUACGAUGAUUGCAUUCGGCUGUGGGAUGCGAACGUGUCGAACCGCGAGAAGGACGGGGAAUUGCUGAAGGAAGUGCGGGCGAUUCCGAUUGUAGGCGAUUUUUUGAUCGGGUUUUGGUAGAAGGGGUUUGUGAACUCGCUGUCGUUCGCGCCGUCGGGGAGGUUUGUGGUGGCCGGAAUCGGGCAGGAACAUCGAAUGGGACGCUGGUGGAGAUUGAAGGGAGUGAAGAACGGGAUUUUCAUCCAGAAUUUGAAUCUUGAUCUGUCUGUUUGAAA